AUGAAAGCUCUCAGUCUACUCGCAACGCUGUCCAUCACAAUAAUCGCAGCCCAAAGAUUUGUACCCGCUGAGACUGGCAAGCCACCAGAUGUCAACAGGAUCUGUGAUACAGCAUGCUACAAUACUUAUCGCUACCUCAUGGGCGUAUGUAACCUGCUGGGUGUGAGGGAUUAG